AUGGUUAUACUGUACUGCGUUGCCGGUGGAUUCAUCUUCGAGCAUCUCGAAAAGAACAACGAACUACAGAUCUGCUACGAAUCCCGAAAUGAGUACCUGCCAAUAGAGAACAACACUAUUGAAAGUUUGAUCAAAGUGACGCAGCAGUACGCCGACCUCGAAGACCAGAGAGAUAAUUUUGAAAAGAUUUUGGAGAAGUUUCGUGAUAACAGCAUUGCCAUAGGGUACGAUGGGAAGAAUUGCUCCCAAUACGGCAUGCCGGACGGACCGGUGUACCGCUGGUCGUGGGCAGGUUCCCUUAUGUUCUCUGUCACCGUUAUCACCACCAUAGGUUAUGAUCACAUCACUCUAACUCUCCUCUUUCUGUUCACAGGUUAUGAUCACAUCACUCUAACUCCCGUGUUUUUGUUCACAGGUUAUGGUCACAUCGCCCCGAAGACGUUCUGGGGUAGAUUAGUGUGUAUCGCCUAUUCCGUGCUCGGGAUCCCCCUCAUGCUGCUCUGUCUGGCGAACAUCGGCGAUGUCUUGGCCGACAUCUUCCGCUUCAUCUAUGCCAAAGUCUGCUGCUGUGGUUGCUGUAGGAAAACCAACCGUACCCGCGUAGUUCAGAUCAACUCUGUGACCAAGGAACCGGAGCCUGGCUGGGACAGCCUGGCCAAGUCCGACAGUAGCUCUGUCCUCAAGUCUGUACCGCCCAAUUCCACCCACUACAACCGCCUGAAGGAAACCGACAGCCGUCCCUCCUCUGGCCGAUCUAACAGCCGUUCUCCCACACCCAUCGGUAAACCGACCGUCAAGAUAGCGCCUCUGGACCUGCGACAGUACCAAGGCAACAGCGUCGUGAAGACCAUGGGCAAGGAGCCGGAAAUCAUCGACGACGACAGCGACGACGAGGAUGAGUUCGACGAGUCAAAGAUCACCGUACCUCUGACGAUCACGAUGAUCGUCAUCGCUGGCUACAUCUUCGGCGGGGCAGUGCUGUUCGGGCUGUGGGAGGGCUGGGACUGGCUUCAGUCCGCUUACUUCUGCUUCAUCACUCUCAGCACUAUCGGAUUCGGUGACGUCGUGCCUGGCACGGACUUCGAGAACCAGCAAGCACAAGCGAAGCUCAUCCUGGGCGCCGUCUACCUGCUAUUCGGUAUGGCUAUCUUAUCCAUGUGUUUCUCUCUGAUGCAGGACGAGAUCGUCGCCAAAUGCCGCUGGGUGGGCAGGAAACUGGGUAUCUUGGACACGGAAGACUGA